AAAGAAGCAGCGUAGAACGGCCUGCGUCCCAUGUGGGUUGGGAGCAGGAGCUGUCGCCCUGAUGGGAGCCGCCAAAUACGUUUGCUAUGUCCUCUUCGUUUGGUCGGCUCUGGGCUAGCUUGAUUAAGUGCAGCGAGGGUCAUUGACGCUCUGCGGGAACUUGCGCAAACUGGCCAGGAUGCUCAUCAGCAGCUUCCUUCAGCUCUACUUUGCGUUCCAAGCGCCACGGUGCAUGCCAGACCAAGAUUCCUGCUAUCGACCGCUGUUUCUUCCGAAGGAACGUGUGGGCAUUUAUGUCUACCUGACGACUGAUUCGACAUUAGAAUGGUGGACAGCUGAAGGGCUGGGCAAACUGGAGCAGAUGCCAUUCUUGAACCAUACAGUCGCAUUCGGUGAUUCUUCACCUUUGCUUCAGGCCACAGUGCCAUUCUCCAUGCCUGCAUUGCAAGCAGUCAGAAGAAACCAGUCGCUGCUCUACGCACACAGCUAUUUGGUGAGAUCAGGAGCCAGGCUCAGCGAAGAAUUGGGGAAAGCGAGCAGCAGGGGGAAGGGGCCACCUUCGCGCGGGAUUCUCACGGAGCACGCGCUGCAUACGUCCUCCACGCUCGUGAAGCCACUCCCCAAGGUCUCGAAGCGUCGGAAUUUGCUUGACGCGAAGGCAGACCAGCAACAUUUAAAACUGAAGUUGCCUGGCAUUGGUUGGGAAGUGCCAGUUGACCCAACCGCAAUAUUCUGGGUUGCAUCUUCCUCCGUGAUGCUGGCCUUUGUGGAGCCAACUCCACUUGCUGCAGCGUUGCGGCACUGCCUGCUGGUUGCCACUGCUAUGCUGGCACAGGCCAAGGUGGCGAAGCCAGAGCAACAAGCUGCAGAGAAGACAUUUCUCUUUGCUCCACCGGAAAUCGAGCCGCACCUCGCUUCCCUUUUGCGAUUGGAAGUGGCAGCUGAUUCGGAGGAUUAUGAUGACAGAUAUCCAGCCCCGCUGCAGUACAAGGAGUUGGUCUUCAAGGGCGACCUGCCAGUUCCGUCUGGCGAACGUUCUGUCAGAUAUCCAGUGCUACUUCUGUCGAACAAAGAAAAGCGGUAUGCCCCGCCCUUUUUUGUCGACACGUUGAGCAGAGACGUGGGUGUCAAGUCUUGGAGACCUUUGGAUUCGAACACUUCAAGGUUGGACCCCAACAUUUCUGCAGAGGUGGUUUUCUCUGGCAUGCUGAAGUACACUGCCACACGUACAAUGACGGAAGCCAUCAAGCCGUACAUGAAGCUUGGUUUCACAGAGCAGCACUUCGACGAAGUCAAGGAGUUCUUACUACGAUACCCAUUGCAUGUGCUCGUCAUCAUGCAGGUCGUUGGCUUUUUGCAGAUGAGUUUGUGGACGCUGGCAUUCAAGAACGAUGUCAGCUUCUUCAAAGGCCGUGCUGACUACAUUGGGCUGUCCAGCCGAUCGAUGGGCACCGCUGCCCUGCAGGAGGUGGUAUGGUUCCUGUACUUGUUUGACGUGGAUGUCUCAAAGCUGCUUCUGUUUCAGUUGGGCGUGCAAGCCUGUUUCAGCAUAUGGAAGUACAUCCGUGUGGCCAGGCUCGGGCUGAGAUGGCACUUGCUGCUACCUUGGGUGAGGAAUGGGCGCGCCAUUGCUGCUGCCGCUUCCACCGACCAUUCUGACGAAGACUACACAGAAGAGGUAGACGCAAGGGCAAUGUCCUACACCAAGAUGGUGCUCUACCCACUCUCAGCUUGCUGGGGUUUGUACAACCUCUACCACUCUGAAUACAAGAGUUGGUGGAGUUGGAUGAUCUCUUCCAUGGCUGAUUUUGCAUAUACGUUCUCGUUCAUCAACAUGCUUCCGCAAAUAUUCAUCAAUUACAAGCUUCGGUCUGUUGCUCACAUGCCGUGGCGAGUGCUGGUUUACAAAUUCUUCAACACUUUCAUCGACGAUAUCUUUGCCUUCUUCAUCAUAGACACGUCCACAAAGUACAGGUUCAUGACCCUUCGAGAUGACAUCGUGUUCUUUGUGUUUCUGUAUCAGCGACACAUCUACAGCGUUGACCACCGUCGUGCAGACGAAUAUGGUUUCGUGCAUGGGGAACAGGCUCGGGACGACCAGGCCUUGGAAUUGCCCAAAGGCGAAGCAGAGAAGGACAAGCCAGGGGAGUGCGCCGCAGCGCACAAGGACAGUCCCGAAAGAAACAAGGUGCAGGAAAAAGAUGGUCCGAGUGAUUCCGAGCAGGCCCGGGACUUGCCCGAGGAAGGAGCAAGCGAGCACGCCGAAGCGCCCAAAGACAGUCCCGAGGGAGACGAGGCGCAGGAAGAUGAGCCACGUGAUUCUGAGGAAAACUUCCCGGACGCAUUUGCUGAAGGGCACCAGUGCUCACCUGACACCCAGGAGCACAGGCAGAGAAGGAUUGCGCGUCCUACUGCUUCCGAAGAAGAUUAGGACAGGGCACUGCUGCAUGGCAGCCAGUGACUUGCCACAGUAGGGCGACUCAGCACAGCCAAGCCAAAUGAGGCUCUCUACCUGGCUCAGGGAGAAAAGGG